GCAGUUUUUAGUGAAAGGGAAGUGUUUCUUUCAGAAAUUAGACAAAAGAUUUUUGCCUAAAUGCACGUUUUACCUAUAUUUUGAGCGGUUUUUUGCUUAAAAAUGAAGAGAAAUGCUUCAAAAAGAAAAGAGCCGUCAACCUCUGAGGCUAGUCCUGUCGGUGAAUCAUCUAAAAAGAAAAAGAGAUUACAAACCAAAUCACCUCAGAAUCCUGCAACAGUUGUGGAAGAAUCUACACCUGAAGUUUACAAGAAGCCAUCCGUAGUGCUAUCAGAACAUCUUGGUAUGAAAUUGAAUUUCUCAAUCCCACCAGAAGAAGAAAAUGAUAUGACAUACAAGAAAUUCUUACGUCUUGUUCAUAAGCAAAUUGCUGCAGCGAAUACUGGCUUUCCUAAUUCUAAAAUCAUUGCACUUGUUGGAGCUGCAUGGAAAGAUUACAAAGCUGAAAUGAUGGGAAAAGAUCUUGAAAAAGAAGCAGAAGAAGCAAGUGCAAAGAGUGGAUCAAAUCCAGGCACUCCUGAAGUUGAACCAGAACUUGAAGAGGCUGCAGAUGAUCUUGAUGUUGAAGAGGAGAAACCAGAGGGAAGGAAGACCACUAAAAAAAAGCGAACAAUAGCACCAAUCAGGAUUAAAAUUACAAAAAUGUCUGUUAGUCAAAAACUACAGAAAUCAUUGGAACAGUCAGAUGAUUCAAAUAAUGAGUUCAUUUCUGAGAGCGAAGAAAUCCCAAUUGUGAAAAAAUUAAAGAAUCGUACAGUUCAAGAACUGGGAGAUGACACAGAUAGAUCCAGUGAUGCUGGAAGCACAAGUAGUCGGACUACAAAACGGAAAAAGACCAUCAAGAAAAAGAAAUUAAUUGAAGUAGAUUCUGGUGAUGAGAAAGAUGAGAAACCAAAGAAAAAGAAAGCAAAAACAAAUGAAAAAGUAAAAGCAAAGAAAGGAAAGAAAAAAGUUGUUAAAAGAAGACGUUUAAAGCAAGAUCAGGAAGAUGACGAAGAUGAUGAUGAGGAAGAGAAUGAUCAACAUCAGGAUUAUUGUGAAGUGUGCGAAGAAAGUGGUGAAUUAUUGUUAUGUGAUACUUGUACAUUGUCCUUUCAUUUGCAAUGUCUUGAUCCACCAUUGGAUGAAGCCCCUGAGGGAGAAUGGAGUUGUCCUAAAUGUGAAGACGAAGAGGCGGAAAUUGAAUCAGAUGUCCAUUUUGAUUUUUGCCGUGUGUGUAAAGAUGGUGGUAAUCUAUUGUGUUGUGACUCUUGUCCGUCCUCGUAUCACAUUCAUUGUCUUAAACCACCCUUGAAACAAAUUCCUGAAGGAGAUUGGCGAUGUCCCAGAUGCAAGAUCACUCCACUGGAAGGAAGAGCAUCAAAGAUUUUGUUUUGGAGAUUUGUGAAAAUACCUGGCGAAGUACCAGCAGACAAGAAUAAUGAAGUCACAAUUGUGAGUGAUGUUAAACCAACGGAACAUGUCGUUCGCCAGUUUUUUAUCAAAUGGCAUGAGAAGUCCUACUGGAAAUGUUCGUGGGUAGAUGAAAUUCAGUUGGAAGUUCAUCAUCCAGGUUUGCUUGGAGCUUAUGUUCGCAAGAACGACAUGUCAGCGAACCCUCAGCUGGAUCUUGACGAUGUGGAUUGUGAUGAUAUCAUUCAUUUACACGAAGCACGAAAUAAGGUCGAGGAGAAAGAUCUGGAAGCAAGAUUUUACCGAUAUGGUGUUCGUCCUGAGUACCUUCAAAUUCAACGCAUAUUGAACUGCAGGAACGAAAGAGGAAAGACAACGUAUCUUGUCAAGUGGCAAGAGCUUCCUUAUAACUUGAGUACAUGGGAGGAUCCUCAGGAUGAGGCCAAUAAUCAAAUAGGUAACUUCAAUGAACACAUUGCAAAAUAUGAGAAGUUUCGGGAAGGUUAUGAGAAGACUAAGAGAAGCAAGAAAUCAAAAAAGACAAAACCCACAUCUGAUUGUAAACGCAAGUAUCCAGUACAGCCAGACUUCAUCACAAACACUGGUGGAACUUUACACAAAUACCAAAUGGAAGGAUUGAAUUGGUUGCGUUUUUCCUGGGCUCAAGGAACAAACACAAUUCUUGCUGAUGAAAUGGGACUGGGAAAGACAAUUCAAACGAUAUCGUUUAUAUAUUCCUUGUUUAAAGAGGGUCACUGUAAUGGUCCGUUUCUUAUCAGUGCUCCGUUAUCAACGUUGAUCAACUGGGAACGAGAAUUUGAAUUUUGGGCGCCAGAGUUAUACUGUGUGACUUACAUUGGAGAUAAAGACUGCAGAGCAGCCAUCAGGGAACACGAGUUUUCUUUUGAAGAAAAUGCUGUUCGUUCUGGAACUAAAGUGUGCCGAAUGAAGAAAGAUGCUUCGGUGAAGUUCAAUGUACUGUUGACGUCUUAUGAACUAGUGGCUAUUGACAGUGCUGUAUUACAGUCUAUAAGCUGGGCUAUACUCGUUGUUGAUGAAGCACAUCGUUUAAAGAACAACCAAUCAAGAUUCUUCCGAGUUCUGAAUGACUACAGCAUUGAUUACACUUUGUUGUUGACGGGAACUCCUUUACAGAACAAUCUCGAGGAACUCUUUCAUUUGUUGAACUUUUUGGACGCAUCUUUAUUCAACGAUAAAAACAAAUUUCUUGGUGAUUUUGAAGACGUUGCGAAAGAGGAUCAGAUCAAGAAGUUACAUGAAAUCCUGGGUCCUCACAUGCUUCGUCGUCUUAAAGCUGAUGUGUUGCAAGAUAUGCCUUCAAAGAGCGAGUUUAUUGUUCGGGUGGAGCUCAGUCCUUUGCAGAAGAAGUACUACAAGUACAUUCUUACAAGAAAUUUCGAGGCAUUGAACGCCAAAGGAUCUCAGACAGUUUCCUUGUUGAACGUCAUGAUGGAAUUAAAGAAAUGCUGUAAUCAUCCCUACCUCUUCUCCACAGCUGCCUUGGAAGCAAAGAAGAGUGAGAAUGGUCAUUUUGAAGUGAAGGAACUAACGGAAGCAUCGGGGAAGUUUGUUUUGUUGGCGAAAAUGUUAAAGAAGUUAAAAUCACAAGGACAUCGUGUCUUAAUAUUCUCACAGAUGACACGAGUGUUGGAUCUUUUGGAAGACUUUUUGGAAGGUCAUGGUUAUCAAUAUGAACGAAUUGAUGGAAAUAUAACUGGUCAGAUGAGACAAGACAGUAUUGAUCGAUUUAAUGCUCCAGAGGCUGAAGCAUUUUGUUUCUUGUUAUCAACCCGAGCUGGAGGACUGGGUAUUAACCUCGCUUCCUCGGACACAGUAUUUAUCUUUGACUCGGACUGGAACCCUCAUAAUGAUAUUCAGGCAUUCAGUCGAGCUCACCGUAUUGGGCAGAGCAAUAAGGUCAUGAUCUACCGUUUCGUGGCGCGCUCGACUGUUGAAGAACGCGUGACUCAAGUCGCUAAGAAGAAAAUGAUGUUGACGCAUCUGGUUGUACGACCUGGUCUGGGAUCUAACAAAGGAGCCAGCAUGUCUAAGAGAGAGUUGGAUGACAUCUUAAAGUUUGGAACAGAGGAGUUGUUUAAGGACGAUAACGCAAAAGAUGGGGAAUCAGGCGACACAGGUUCGAUUCAUUAUGAUGAUGCUGCUAUUGAUAAUCUUCUGGACAGAAAUCGUGAGGGAUUGGAAGAGAAAGCAUUGUUGGCCAACGAAUAUCUUGCCUCUUUCAAGGUUGCCAGUUAUAUUGUGAAACAAAACGAAAAGCAAAAUGAAGUUGAAGUCAUCAAAGAAGCUGAGAAACCUGAUCCAGAGUAUUGGGAAAAAUUAUUACGUCAUCAUUAUGAACAACAACAGGAGGAUAUCCAAUCAAAACUUGGAAAAGGAAAAAGAAUUCGUAAACAGGUGAAUUACCUUGAUUCCCAUGUGGACGAUGGUAGAGACAAAGCGUGGACAGCAGGGACAUUCUCUGAUGGUGAAGAUGGUUUGGAUGAUGAAGAUGAUUACAGUAAAAAGCAUGAAGGACAAGGUCGUUCUCGACGACUGAAACCUGACGUAGAUUAUGUCCCACCGUUGUUAGCCAAGGUCAAUGGAAACCUUGAGGUUUUCGGAUUUAAUAUCCGACAACGACGCGCUUUCCUGAACGCUAUUAUGAGAUAUGGAUUACCACCAAAACAAUCUUUCAGAACUCAAUGGUUUGUUCGUGAUCUUCGUGGAAAAACAGACAAAGAAGUCCAGACCUAUGUCUCAAUGUUUAUGCGUCAUCUCUGUGAGCCAACACCCGACACUAUACCAAGCUAUGCUGACGGUGUUCCCAAGGAAGGAGUCCAACGUCAUGUCGUCUUGAACAGAAUUGGUAUUAUGAGUUUAAUACGGAAGAAAGUUGAUGAAUUUUCCCCCUAUAAUAUUCUCCCAAAGCCAGCAAAUGUUUUAUCAAAGGACAACAGACAGAACAGAACAAUUGAAAUUAAAGAUACUGACGCUUCAUCAAACGGGACCGUAGAAAAACCUUCAGAACAAGUAGCUGAACAUAAACCAGGAGAAACGAAUGGUAAAAAGACAGUUGAAGAUGAAAAAUCUGCAAAUGCCCCAUCGAAAUCUGAAGAUGCAGAAACAGCUAAAUCAGACGAGAACGUUGCUGGAGAAGUUGAUGAAAAUACUGUGAAACAAGAGAAGGCUCUCGAUGAUAAAAAUCUCGCAAGUGAGCCGACAACGUCUGAUGAAAAUUCUUCAAACAAGACAAAAAGCAAUGAGAAAACCGGAGAGACGGAAGACAGCGCGGGUUCAAGUAAAAAUGACAAAACAAACAAUACUUCGAUAGAAGAUAAAGAAGCAGAAGCCUCAAAGAAAGGCGACGCAAUUAUAACGAGCGCAAAAAAAGACGAAACUGACGCUGAUAAAAACGAUAAUAAAGCUGACCCUGAUGAAAAAGACGAUGAAGAAAAGACUAACGAUGAUAAAGCUGUUAACGAUAAAAACGAUGUCGACAAAAAUGAUGCUGACAAGAAGAUCGACGGUCGAGAGCUACCUGUGGAGAAGAAAGAUGUCUCUACGAGUACGCCUCAGCAGGAAACCUUGCAACUGGAGGCGAAAGAUCCAAGAUUUUCUUUGCUCAGCCCAGAGGAUCUUGCAAGAUUGCGAUCAAAGGAGUUUGUAUUUAAUAUUGCUGAUGGGGGUUUUACAGAGUUGCAUACAAUAUGGGAGGUCGAGGAAAGACAGAAGAGGGAUGAUAUAUGGUGGAGAAAACAUGAUUACUGGUUAUUGGCUGGAUUAGUUGUUCAUGGCUAUGGUAGAUGGCAAGAUAUUGCUAACGAUCCCAAAUUUGCCGUAAUCAACGAACCUUUCCGGCGAGUUUCACUUGAAUACAAAAACAAGUUUAUAUCCCGAAGAUUUAAGCUGUUGGAACAAGCCUUGAUCGUUGAAGAACAGAUACAAAGAGCAAAACUACUAAAUUUACACCAAGAUUCCAAACUGCCCGUCAUGGCUCUGAACUCAAAGUUUGCUGAGGUCCAGUGCUUAGCAGAAAGUCAUCAACAUCUAUCGAAGGAAUCUUUAAACGGCAACAAACCAGCCAAUGCAGUGCUUCACAAGGUUCUCAACCAGCUGGAGGAAUUACUUUCAGACAUGAAGAACGAAGUGACACGUUUACCAUCCACCUUAAUUAACCUUCCCCCAGUUUCCGCUCGGCUUCAUAUGACUGAAAGAAGUAUUUUAAACAGAUUAGCACAGAAGAAACCAGAACCUCCCACUUUACCAGAAACCUCUAAACAUUCUCACUCUACGGAGCCUAAACAGGCCUCCUCGACUUCAAGCCUUAGUAAUUUGGCUUCACCCACAGAAAACAGUGGAAAUAACCCAGCAACAACAUCACCUUCUCCAGUACAGAAACCAUCGACCUCAGAAACUUUGAAUCCACAGAACAAACCAUCCGAAAUGGAGAGUAGUUCUGCUUCGAGUGAUCCCUCAACCAUUGCUAAACAAGAAGAUACAAAGAAGUCAGACGAUAUCAUUCUUAUUGAAUAGAAACCUCUAUUUUAUAAUUGUUUGAUAUUCCUGGGACUAUUUUUGAGAUUGGAAUCUUUGGUAACUUUCAUACUCCCAAAGUAUUGUGCAAAUACCGUUGUAAAAAAUAAAAUUUACACUACACUCGAUUUAUUGACUAAAAUGGGUCCCUUGUCCAUUUCAUCCAUGCCUGGCCUGUUUUGGUACUCUGAGCACUAAUAUUGGGCAUGGGUACCCAUCUUAAUCUCGUGUCGUGGCAAUAAAUUGAGUGUAGCGUAAAGAGGCUAAAGUUUGAGUGAUCUUCCCAUUGCUGACGCAAGAAGCCGACAUUACCAGACGCAAGAAGAAAACAUUUUAGCAGACUAAGCCGUUCAGUAAUUUAUAUUGAGUUUCCGUUUGGAAAAUGUUUACUAUUUUAACGUUAAAAACCCAACAAGGAUUGAUUCAAAACACAAUUUUUUUUAGUUCUUUCCAAAUUUUUCUUUUACAUAAAAAAUAGGUACGCUAAGCGUACAUGUAUCAGGUAUAAGCAUAUAGAAGAAUUAGCCCUCAUAUAAUGCCAAAUGCUCGAACUUGUAGUCUUUGUAGAUGGUUCUCAAGGUCACCACCAACAUCAACUGGUCUUAAACGAAA